AUGGCGUACGACACGGUGACGAUGGCGGCUAUUGCCGCAAUUCUGAGCUUGCUGUACUACUACGUACGCAGCCGGUACCGUUAUUUUCUGGACAAACCGUACCCACACAUGAAGCCCACCUUCCUGCUCGGUAGCGCCGGUCCCAUGAUAUUACGCCAGCGAGACAUGAUUGAGCACAUUAAGAUACUCUAUAACAUCUAUCCGGAUGCAAAAGUGGUUGGUGCGUACGACUUGCUUACCCCGAACCUGCUACUGCGCGAUCCGGAGUGCGUGAAACAGAUCGGAGUAAAGGAUUUUGACUACUUCACCGAUCACACACCGUUCGUGAAGAAUGAACAUGAUAUUAUGGAAUCGGACAACAUGUUCCUCAACUCGUUGUUUUUGUUGCGUGGACAAAAGUGGCGCGAUAUGAGGGCCACACUCAGCCCGGCGUUCACCGGCAGCAAGAUGCGCCAGAUGUUUGAGCUAGUGUCGCAGAGCUGCCAGGGUAUGGCGCAACAUCUUCUCAAGGAGGCGCGUGAGGACGAGAGCAAGCAGGUGCACGAGAUGAAGGACAUCUUCACGCGCUUGGCCAACGAUGUGAUCGCAUCGAUCGCGUUCGGAAUUCAGGUGAAUUCGUUUUCCGAAAGAGAGAAUGAUUUCUACACGCGUGGAAAGAAGCUGACGAAUUUUGGAUCAUUUUGGGCGAGCAUUCGUUUUAUGCUGUUUCUCAUGAUGCCUCGGCUGAUGCUGAAGUUAAAUAUCGAGCUGAUGGAUAAGGAGAUGUGUCAGCAUUUCCAUGCCAUGAUUAUGGACAAUAUGCGAAUUCGCGAGGAAAAGGGCAUAGUGCGUAAUGACAUGAUCAACAUUUUGAUGCAGGUGAAGCGAGGUGUGCUGGGUCAUCAGCGAGACGAACCGGACGUUAAGGAUGCGGGAUUCGCGACAGUGCAUGAAUCUGCCGUUGGCAAGAAGGCGAUCACACGCGAAUGGUCUGAGAAGGAGCUGGUUGCGCAGUGCUUCCUGUUCUUCCUCGCCGGCUUUGACACCGUCUCUACUGCGCUGGGAUUUCUGGCGUACGAGCUGAUGUUGCAUCCGGAGAUACAGGACCGGCUUUACGAGGAGAUCACAGAGGUCGAUGCAAAGCUCGACGGUAAACCGUUGACUUACGAAGCCGUCCAGGAGAUGCGCUACAUGGACAUGGUUGUGUCCGAGUCUUUGCGUCUAUGGCCACCGGCACCGAUGGUUGAACGGUACUGCACCCGAGACUACACAUUCGACGAUGGCGAAGGGUUACGGUUCAAGAUCGAGAAAGGACGCACCGUCAUGAUACCGGUAGCGGGCUUACACAGCGAUCCGAAAUACUUCCCCGACCCGACCCGAUUCGACCCAGAGCGCUUUAGUGAGGAAAACCGGCACAAUAUUAACCCGGGAGUGUAUCUGCCGUUUGGAGUUGGACCGCGCAACUGUAUCGGAUCACGCUUCGCACUGAUGGAGGUGAAGUCGGUCAUCUACUAUUUGUUGAAGAGCUUCACAUUCGAACGUUCCGAUAAAACGCAAAUACCUUUAAAGUUGAAGCAUAAUCCGGCUGUUCUAGUCGCCGAAAAUGGGAACUGGAUUCGAUUUAAGCCGCGUAAAGUAGAUAAUUAA